CAUGCAGCAGCGCCAGCAACCAAUCAGAAUACAAAGCCCGUCCGCCGCGGAAUCCCAUUGGUUACAGCGCCAGAACUGAUUUGAACAACAACCAAUCGGAGGCAGCGAGGGGGUGGCGCGCGCGAUUUGAAUCGGGGUAGCGGCCCGUCGCAGUGUGCAGAGUGAGUCCGAUUGGCGGCGAGAGUAGUCCUUCAGCAUGGACAGCGAGGCGAUGCAGGAAGGGCUGCACCGCAGCAAGGCUCGCUUCCUGGCAUCUAUGAGCCGAAUAAUUGAGCAGUACAACCAGCCUUUCGAGGAUGAUAUACUUGUGUCCAUAUACACUCUCACCUAUGAUACAACUGAAGGACCAAAACGGUGGGACAAAGUAUCCUGCAAAGAUGUUAGAAAAUGGAAAGAAACACUAUUUGAGCACAAGAGUCAAAGACCAAAGAACACAGAGGAAGAGAGCAGUGAUUUUGAAGAUGAACACUCAACAGUACACCAGGAAUCUUCUGAGAACUCUGGUGCGGAAAUAUCUGAUACAGGUGAAGAAAGUGGUGACAUAGUCUCAGUAGAAAGAAAAUUUGAAAGCAUUCACCUCCAGAAUCUGAUUGUAGAUGAUGGACAGAUCUUCAAGGAAGAAAUAGUUCCAGUGGAUGUGAUAUUACAAGGUGAUGAGAGAAAUAUUCCCAAAUGGGUAAAGAUAAAAACUCCAAUUUCGUUGAAAAGCCAUCGUUCAACUUCGCCAGGGCAAAAACUGCUUGGCAGUCAAGCUGCUGUUUGCAGAAAGAAGCUAGAGUUGUCAAAUAAGUGUUCUUCAUCCAAAUAUCCACAGUUACACCAUUCUGCUGUUCCCAUUUCAUCAAAUACAAUAGCCUCACCCAGGAUUCGACCAUGUCCAGAACUGAGACCAACUUCAUGUGAUAGUAUCCUUGGAGAAUACCAGUCUGCAGAUGAGGAAUGCUCCUUGAGCAAUACAACUCUUGCAGACUUGUAUCCAGCAAUGGUAGAGAUAUUUACAAAGCUCAUGGCGAAGCAUUCUCAGAAAAAAGUGUUGAAGUACAUGUUUGGACACCUACGGUCCAAGAAGAGGCAUUCUAGAAGACCAAAGCUCAAUGUCACUGUAGACAAAAUGAGAGGGUUCGGACCCUGUAAACUAAAGAAAUCAUUUCACAGCAUGUGUAGCUGUAGAAGUGAAGACAACCAAAAUCCAACUUCUGGAAAUGAGAGCAGAGAAUUCUGUCAUGACAGUUGCCCCAUUAGUAAUUCAUCUGGGCUGGUGCCUUAUGCUUAUGCUGAUAAAAAUGAAGUCAAAAUGCACUACUCUGACUCAAGUUUAGAACAACAUUUGGCAUCUGGAAAAAGCCUAGAAAUCUGCAAACACACUACUUUUCCUGAUGUUAUGGAUAGAAUGGGGGAGACAUUUCUAGUUGAAGAUGAAUUACAGACUACUGCCACACCAAAGCAUUCAGAAUACAGAGAAAUUGAAAAAUAUUCUUACAAAUGUUUCUCAGGACCCAGUUUUAUAACAUCUACUGCCAGUUCAGAUUCAAGAGCAUUUUAUCUUGUAAAAGAGAAUAAGACUCAGAAAACAGACUUUUUUGUUGGUACCUCAGAGUUGUGUUCAUCGGCUUGUAGUUCCCAUGGCAAUAGAAACAAUUCUAUCCCUAUUACAAAUUGUUCUCCUGCAAGAUCAUCAUCAAAUACUGUGUUCGUAUAUCCUCAAAAAAUAAUUUCUGAAAGACAAACUUCUUUCCAGUACAAAGACCCAUUUUCCUCCUGGUUCAUGAAGCAGAGUCCUUCAAAGAAGCCAGAUAAAUAUGAAGAUGCAUUUGAGGAACUCUACUACAAAGUGUGUUCUGAAGAAUUCCAAAAGCCUUUGACAUUGACAAGACCUCUUUUAAACUCACAGAACCUUGAAGAGAAAGGAAGAUUAGUGAAGAGUAAUUUAAGUGAUUCUGGGAGGUCCGCUAAACAGUGUGAUAUAGAAUUUGACAGGCUCUAUGAAAAACUGUGUGGGGAGUCUGUUCCAAAAUCUCCUGGGCUUCAGACAGCUUCAAAUUUCAGGAAAUAUGAAGAAAUACAGAUACCUGAAACUGUAAAUGCUCUUGUUAAGUCUCCUGUCCGAACUUAUUCUGCAAUUUCCAGAGUUAAAAGAGGAAAUUUUGAAAACCAACUUCCUUGUUCACCAGAAAAGCGACUGAAACUUACACCAGAACAUUGUUUUUCUUCAAGGAAAUGUCAGGAUAUUUCCCACAGUAAAAAGGGUAAUCUUCAGACAGGUGGCAUGGAUUUCUUGAGCAAAUACAACUGUAGCAGCCCCAGCUCUUUUGCUGAUCACAACUGUCAUUGUCAGGGCUCUGGAUCUCAUGAUUCUUCAGAUGAAAGUUUUCUUGGUAUUCCUGGCACUUCCCUGCAAGAAUCUGGGACUGCAGGUGCACACUCUGGUUGGCCUGGUGCAAUGGAGAAUUGCAGCUCUUUCAGAAAUGUGAGGAAGUGUCACCCAAGGGUAUACAGAAAACUAAGCUACAGUGAUGGGAAAGACCAAUUGUGAUUAUCCCUUGGAUGACUCUACUUAAAGCUCACCAAGAAGCAUUAAUGCACUGUUACAGUUUAAAAAAGUUUUAUAUAGGUUGUGUUUUAUUCAGUGUUGUGUUGUUUCUUCUUCCAGGAAUCAAGGAUGUAUGAUUAUAUGUGUAAGCAAUACACAACUAGUUCUGGUUUAUACUUCCUUGUAGUUCAAAUCUUUGGAAAAAGGUUCGUCCCUUUUAACAGGACACUUCUUACUCAAUUUAUGGCUAAGUUGGAAUUUUAUAUUUGACAGUAUUUGUAAUAACAGAAUGUGAUCUCUAUUCUUUUUAUUUGCUGAUAAGCUUUAAUUCUUACUGUAUUAAUAGCAAGGAACAAGCUCAUUUACCUAAACUGCUGUUUAUUCAUGUUUUUUGGAUGUAUCUGUGCAGACCCAAAUCAUGGCUAUAUGCUAUGACUUGACUCUGCUGUGCAAUGUUAAUGUUAAAAUUUUCCAGAGUUGAUUGUUCAAUAAGACUUUAUACUUUUUAUUAGAUUUGAUAAUUGCAUUCUGUGUUUUGACAAAGUUGUACCUGGCACAGUAUAUGUUCUAAAUAAAAAACUGUUCUG